UAAGGCUUUACACACAGGUUGGAAAGCGGAUGUACACACUUGUGCUGAGGGGAUACACACUGCAACAGGAUGUCAGCACGAACGGGACACAGACCAAACUGACACAAUUUUUAUGAACAAUGAAGUUUGUGAUAGUUGGAGACAGCGGAGUUGGAAAAACACCUUUGUUGACAACUUUCAUUGAAGGAGUUUUUCCUUUAGAAUAUGUUCCUACAGUGUUCGAUAUAAAAAGUACAGAGGUCACAGUGAAAGGUCAAAAGGUGAAAUUAUACCUACACGAUACCACAGGAUUAAGUGAUUAUGAAGCAGUUAGAGUUAUAGCAUAUCCUGAAACGGAUUGCUUCCUCUUGUGUUUUUCCCUUUGUAACAAGGAGAGUCUAGCCAGCGUUCAGAACAAAUGGUACCCUGAAAUACGUCAGCACUGCCCCAAUGCACCAAUCAUUCUAGUGGGUACGAUGUUAGAUAUUAGACAAGAUACAUCCAAACAGAAGGACCCUAGCAAUAUUGUAUCAAGUUCAGAGGGAGAGAAGACCAGGAAGUCUUUAAAAGCAGUGAAAUAUGUCGAGUGCUCUGCCCUUACCCAAGAAGGUCUAAAAGAGGUCUUUGAAAAAGCAGUCAAAACAUGUUUAUCCAAAAAAUAAAAAUUAAAACAAGAAACUUGA